AUGGCCCAAGAUCUCAUCCCUACACUCCACUACCUCCACCAUUCCGGUGCACUCCGCGUUCUAUGGGCUCUCGAGGAGCUAAAGGCAUCGAAUGGCACCACCUUCCAUCUCAAGACGUACCCUCGGGCCCGUGGACAGUCUCCAGAAGAGCUGAAGAAAGUGUUCCCUCUCGGACAAUCACCCAUCCUCGUUCUAGAAUGGGCAGACAAACGUGACGAGUCCCUGCCCGUCUUCCAGCUCAAGCCCGGGGUUCUCACCGAGGCGCGACUGAUCCUGGGCUUCCUCAGCGACGCGUACGGCGACGGGAUCUGGGAGCCAGAGUCCAAGGAGGAUCAGAGACGCGACAUGUAUUUCCAGGGGUUUGCCACCAUGACACUCUCCCCGGGUGUGGACAAAAUUGUGACCUUCGAGACUUUGCUGAUGGUGCUCCCUUUUGGCCUCUCGGGCCUGAUGCGCCUCGUCAUCGGGCCCAUGGUUAAUUUUUUCAAGACCAAGCUCUCGGACUUCUUUGAUCUCCUGGAGGCGUCUCUCACUGAUGAGAAGCCGUGGUUCUCGGGCGCGAAGCUUGGCCUUGCUGAUUUCAACAUGAGCUUUGGUAUUGAUACGGCUUCUCAGAGAGGCUACAUCGACCCUAAGAAGUACCCCAAAUUGACCGAGUGGGCUUCGAAAAUCCAGUCCCGGGAAGCGUAUAUCACGGCCGUCAAGGAAAGCGGUGGAUACGAUUUGAAAAGAUUCGGUCUGAAGUAA